AGGUCGACAAAAUAACAUCACCACAGGAUCUGCUUCUUCUUAUCAUUUCAGCUACACUUGCCUGUGAUGAGACUGAAGCCAGAGUGACGCUCUGAAGUUUCACCACUGCUUACUUCUGCAGCUCCCAUGUUGUGUACUCUGGUCAUUCAUCCACAUAAUAACGCCUCUAAUCAAGCCAUAUGCCGACACUUUGCUUUAUGAUUUGUUUGUAUGAACAGCGAUACAACAAACCCGGAGGACGCCUGCAGGAAUGCAGCUUGGAAAUGCUCUGAUGAAGUGUAAAUUACUGCAGAUUUAUUUGUGCUAUAUUCAGUUGUUGGGUUAAUGUGGAAACACGUUGUUAUGGAGUUGAAUGUUUUGCUCUUCCAGCUACAGUCUGACUUUGUCCCACACAUUUGGCCCUGGGGGCUUCGGACAGUAUGCUGGAUGAGGGGAGUUCCCACUUGAAAAAGUGAAAACAAACUUAAAAGCUGGAAGAGACCCAAGACAAGAAAGUCACCUUCAGAUGGAGAGAGCACAAAAGAGACAGAGAGGAAGGACAAGCGGUGAGGGCAGUGACCUGUGCCUCCAGAAGAAACCAGAGAAGCUAAAAAAAAAAAAAAAAACCUUUAACUGUCCUUCACAUCUGGAACAGUCACUCUUUUUAUUCCUUUCUGUCUCCCUUCAGCAUCACCACCCAAAAUCCAAACCACCCACCCUUUUCCCCAUCCGGUUCUCCACUUGGAUGGACCCAUGACAGCUACAAAGGCCGGGACAGUAUCCUGUAUCCAUGGAAACCACUUGUACACAUCCCACAGGGACAGCAGUACUUUUUGGAGAACAGAGACUCGGCUCUCACCAGACACAAGCAAAUGAUUAAAAAAAAAAAAAAAAAAAUCUCAUAUCUUCUUUUUAAAAAAUGUUCUCUUUAUAAAUUCAGCUUUAUAUUCUUGCAGGGAAAUGAAGAAUUCCACAACAGCCAUCAUGUUCUUGUGGCUUGCCAAAGAAGAAACCUAUGCGGUGCUGAGACUCUGUGAGGAGCCGUGACAGGCAGGACAUCGGCCAGAGAAAAAGGAUUUUGACCGCGUAGAAAAAAAAAAAAAAGAGAGAGAGAGAGAAGGAGGCGCCUCUCGCGUUGAAGCAGAGCCGCUCUUAGAUGGAUUCUUCAUGUUUGCUUCAGCCUCAGAGGAGUCAGCUUGCUCUGAACACUCACGAGUGUCACCGUGACAGUAAGGUGUAAAACAUGACACGUCGCGGCGUAUGGAUUGUCAAAAUCAUGAAUUGCACGCAGCGUGGAAGAAGCGGCUCUCGUGUCCCCACCGGGGCGCACUUGGAGCAGAAGAUUGCGCUCAGUACAGCUGGUGGGACCAGAUGGAGGGUUCGGAGGAAGGAUAGACAUGAGAUUACCUCUGUAAUGUCAGCAAAGGCCAAGGUGCUGCUCUGGGUGCUCCUCUCUCUGCUGCCUCUAGCGGAAGGAGCUCACAUGAAAGCUGGUACUGCUGGUGCGGCAUCAGACUCAGGCCAAGCUGUGGGCCUUCUGGGAGGCCAGGAGGAGCGAGAGCUUCCUGUGACGUUACCAGAGGUGGUAGAGGACGAGGAGCAGGAAGACGACAGUGACCCUUACUCUACUUGGCAUGCUCUAUAUGACCCCUUUGUAAUGGAUGAGGUGGAUGACCAUCCCAGUAGUCGCUGGGCGGGGCGCUCUCCACGCUCCUCUGACCCCACAGAACCUCAACCCAAGGGAUCGCAGAAGAAAAAGAAGAAGAGGAAGAGGAAAGGAAAGGAGGAAGAGGAAGAGACAGGAAAAAGAGAUAAAAAGGGUAAAGGUAAAAACAGGCGGCCAAAGCAGAGCAGCAGGGACUGCCGUGUAGAGAAGAGAGAGAUGAGGGUUCGGGACCUGGGCCUGGGGUUUGACUCGGAUGAGAUCGUCCUCUUUAAGUUUUGCGUGGGCUCCUGCCAGUCUUCAAGAACAAAUUACGACCUGGCACUGAAGGCGCUGCUGGAAAACGGGUCGCUGCCUCGGCGCAAGGUCAGCAGCAACCCCUGCUGCCGGCCCGACCGGUACGAGUCGGUUUCCUUCAUGGACGCCCAGACCACAUGGAGGACCAUCCAGUCUUUAUCUGCCGCCAGCUGCAUGUGUAUGGGCUGAAGAUAUAAAACGAGGGAGAGGGUGAUGAGAGCGAGCGUCACCCGUCCUGAAGGAAGAGGAGUCAAGAGGCUCAGAGUGGAUGUUGUAUGAGGAAGGCCUGGAUGUAUGAAACGGCCGGGCGGGGGGUGGGCUGUCAUAUACACAGAGCAGGGGAAGUGAUGAAGGCCACUUUUUGGCUUCCUGUGGUGCAUUUCCAGUGGAGGAGGAAGAGGUCUGUGUGCAGCUGGACGAUUG